AUGUCUGAAUUAUCUAAUAGGGCUGGUAAGAAGAAAGUAAAGAAUAAUGGUCCAAGGGUAGUUCCGCAGGUCGAUGCAUCAUUGGACAAACCCUUGGACAAAGAUGCUCCCCCAACUAUCUUUCAAAAGAAUUUGACUCCAGAAUACGCUUCAGCUGCAUUGAACCUAUCCAUUGAUUUUCUAAAACAACAGCAAUCGAUGGCUAAUAAAUACUUGAUUGUACAUCCAUUGACUAUCUCUUCAAUUGCGCUAUUUUUGAUUAUCUUUCUAACUCCAAGAUUAGUCUAUCCAUCAACUGCUCCCUUUUCUUCUGUUUCUACGUAUUUGUUGCAAUUUAUUAAAGUGAACCAAAGAGAAGUAUUAGGCGCACUGUUAUUCACAAUCAUCUUAACCUCUUUUCUAUUUACUUUUCUUUCCAGAAUUUCAGAUCAUUUCUUUAAAUCGAAGAUCCGCCAUAUUGUUCAAAAAGAUGGUGAACCAGUGUUCAAUUUGAAUUUGAAGAGUGAAAUUCCAGAAAAUGGUAGUGCUGAUACAAAUAUCAUUAUUUACAGAGGAACCCCAAUUUCCUUGAUCUCUGUUUCUGAAAAUAAUGUUCUAAGCUCGCUAGACUCGCUAGUUAUGAACAUCAAUACCAUUGGUUGCAGGCAAGUAUAUACCAGAAGUGGUAUCCUAGAAGAUUUGAUCGAUUGGGCAAUGAUCAGAACUAAACAAGUAGGUGUGACCAGGAAUAAAACAAAUAAAUCAAUGAAAUUAAUCAUUGAAGUUUAUUCUUUCGAUGAAACCUUGAAAAAAAUAUUACAAAAGAAGGGUUUCAAGCUCGUUUCAAAGGGUAAACUUAACGAGAAUAGAUUACUAGGUGGUCUGUUUGGUGUAAAAAGAGAAUUAUGGGGUGUUCAAUUUCAUAUUCAACCAAGAUCCACUCAGAAAGCAUGA